AAAUGCUAUGAUCGUCUUAGGUUGAUGUUAUUCGGGCUGAGAUGGAUUCAGUUCCUGAGCUCUAUUUCUUCUUGAGACUAUCAAUGUCAACUCUUUCGUUAUGAAAGAGAAUAGGCCAAACCUGGUACACGCUUGCGCGUGUUAUCAUAAAACUAAAGUAAUGCGGGUAACGUGUGGUUCCACCACACGUCAACAGAACGAGGCUUACACGUGUCGAUACCUGUUCCGUUUGUUAUUUUUUUAAAAUUUAAAUUUUAAUAAAAUGCCUCGUACAAGAUAUGGUCCUUGGAUUUGGAUUGGUCGUAAACUUGGCUUCAUAAACAUUAAUCGACCAUUAGCAUCAAAAGUAUUGACAGAACAUUUACGACAAUCACAAUAUCCAUAUUGGACGGCAUUUUUUAUUCCAUAUCAUUCAAUUUUAAAUGAUCAAUUUGGUUGGUCACAUUUUAAUUGGUCAGUUGAUGGACAUAAUUAUCAUAUACUAAGAUUAGGUUGUUGGCCAUAUAUUAAAUAUCAUUGUAGUCGUCGACCUUUAGAAGACCUUUAUAUUCAGAAUAUUUUCUAUACAUUUAUUAAAUGUUUACAAUUUGGUAUACCAACAUUAGCCUAUGGUAUUGCUGGCUGGAUAAUGGCUAAACAUUCGAAAGAUGUUCAUAUUGAUAGAAAAAAUUCGAUACGAAUUUAUUUUUGGUAUCCAGAAAAUCAUAAUUCACCUCAUUAAUAAUUUGUCCUUAUGACAUUUAAUAAUUGAAU